AUGGAGACAGAGACGGGCUCCCUGGUCCCCCGGGAGGUGGAGACCCCAAAGAAGGAGGUGCAGCUGCGGGUGACCCCUUCGGAGGUGAAGUUCCUGGACACGCUGGCCGGGAGGGUGUACCGCCUCCCAGUUACUGUACACAAUCUCGGCCCUUGCAACCAGAAAAUCCGGUUUCAGGAGCCCCUCAAGCCACAGUUCAAACUGAUUUUGACCAAUCUGGAUAAAGCACUUGCUUCUGGACUUCAGACGACGGCUAUGGUGGAAUACCAUCCUGACAAAGAUGAAGACACUUUUGACCAGCUACUUAUUUCAAUAGGAAAUAAAACAAUAGAGAUCCCGCUAGUUGGGUUGAUUCCAUCCUGUCAGUUGGAAAUUGAGUCAGAAGUUAAUUUUGGCACAUUGGUUGCUGAUAGUAAAGUAUAUUGUAAAGGGAUUAAUAUCAUUAACCGUGGCAGAGCUCCAGGUACAUUUAAAGCAGAAUACCAGGGCCAAUUACCCAUUGUCAUUUUUCCAAGUAAUGGUAUUGUGGAGCCCAAGUCAUCAGUGAUUGUUAAAGUGGAUUUCUGUGCUGACCAGCCCAGAAUUGUAAAUGAAGUGGCAAAAGUGAGUUUGCAAGGUCGUCCAGAUAUGCUCUUGAGUGUCAAAGCUCAUGUGGUUGAGCAGAUUAUUGAAUUGUUAAACAUAAGUAAUGACAAAAAGUUGGAAUGCAUACACUUUGGUUCAGUUUUCUUCGGAACUUCAAAAAUUGAACAUGCAUUUCUAUACAAUAAUAGCCCAGAACCCAUAAACUGGGUGGCCAUAAUGCAAAAUGAUUCAGUUGGAGAAGAACUGGGCACAAAUAUUCGACAAAGAACAGAUGUUGCUUUAAAUAAUCUCACCUACUUGAGCAAAAUAAAGAACAGGGAUGUUACCACUUUUAUCUCCUGUGUUCCUAAUGAAGGGAGGUUACUACCUUAUCAAAAGAUUGUAAUUACAUUUUGUUUCAGCCCAAAGCUAAUGAUUGAUGGUAAAAAGAAUAAUGAUCCUUCACACAGGCAGGACUAUGCUCUCUUUUUGAGAUUUGACUCUGUGGGAAGUAAAGAUGGAUUUUUGAGGGAUGAUAACAGUAAAACCAUCAAAAGUGAUCGUUUUCAGAAAGUGGAAUUAGCACUGACAGGCACAGGACUUCCUGUCUUACUACAGUUUGAUCCAGGAAAGGUCCUUAAUUUUGCACCUUGUUUCAUGGGUGAACAUUCAGAGCUUCUGUGUAUUAUGCAAAAUCGAUCUAACUCACUUCCUGUGAUGUACCGUUUUCAAAAAACUGCACAUUUUAAAAUUGAUCCUGAAAGGGGCAAGAUUGAUGAAGGAUGUAUCCAGACUGUGACAUGUUCAUUCAUUCCACAUCAAGUAGGAGUCUUUAAAGUGAAGCAAUUGAUAGAGAUUAUUGGCUCAGUGGCAGAUGAAAAUUUGCAGUCAUCGCUAAAGCCUUUUCAUCAAAUAUAUUUAGAUUUCAAGAGCGUCUGCAAACCUUCCACCAAGAAAGUUGUGAUGAAAAUUAAUCCUGGUAUAUCCCCUUUGGUCAGUAAUCCUACGGGACAGUUUGUGGUUAGAGACUUGCCAAAAUACAAGGACCGUGCACCUGUUACAAUGCUUCAAUCAGCCAUGACAUGCCUUCACAAUCAUCGCAUAAGUAAAAAGUCAAUGAGGGGUGCACUGAUAGCCUUUCCCAAUGACCGAGCUGCAAGUAUCAGGUCUGGAGACCAGCAUAAAGUUUUCAGGACGAUUUUCACAAAGAUUCCAAGGUAUAACUAUGUGGAUCCUGAUUUCGCAUAUACUAAAUCUGAAAAAAUUGAAAAGCAAGCACAUAAAAAUUAUUAUGCAAGAUACAUUAAACAUUUAAGAAGUGUGCGCCUGCGGAAACAAGCAGAGAGGGAAUGCAUGGAUUCAUAUAAUGAUACAGACAUAGGAUUACAGCCAGCGUCAGGUCUAAAGUCACCUUCACUUUCAGAAACGGAAAUAGAGGAGGAAUUAUAUUCAGCAAAGUGUCUGAUCAAACCUAACCAAUUACUAAAUACCAGAAAUAUAGAAUCCAAGGAGACGAAGGCUCUGAGAAGAAAGGUUCUCAAAGGACUUAAAUCGGAGCCAUCCACGCCCCAUGAAAAACAUGAUUGCAGCUUAAUUUUGACACCAAAGCAAAUUCAUCAAGUAAUUGUUGGGCCCUCUGUCCUUAACUUUGGUGAUGUUUGUGUGAACUCCACCAAUACUCGUCUACUGCAUGUUAUUAAUAUGCUACCUAUGCAUAUUUUGAUCCAGUUAGAUAUUAAUUUGAAAGAACUUCAAAAAACCAACCAAUUUUCAUAUGUGAUUCCACCUACAGCUAGUACUUAUGUUUCAAUGGUAUUUGAAUCUCCCACCAUUGGAAAAUUUUGGAAGUCUUUCACCUUUACAGUGAACAAUAUACCUGGUGGCCAUAUCCUAGUGAUGGCAGUUGUCAUGCCAGUAAAGCUUGAGCUCUCUUCUAAUGAGCUAGUAUUGAGACCACAAGGCUACUCCGUGAAAACAUGUUUUAUGGGGACAGUUGGGUUGUAUAAUCAUCAGAAUUAUUUUGCCAAAUUUGAAUGGCAACCAGUAACCACAAAAAGAGGAAUGGCAUUUUCCAUCUGUCCAGCUAAAGGCACGGUUGAACCAUACUCUUCAUUGGAAUGUGAAGUAACAUGGCUGCCGGGUUUCAGUUCUCCAGAAAGGGGAGAAUUUGUUCUUCAUGUCAAUGAAGGAAACACGCUGACACUAAAAUGUGUUGCACAUGUAAUGAUUUCCUUUGGAUAUGAUUUUUAUUUUGAGGACUCUAAAUUGGUUGGGCAGAAGCUUGGUCACACCAAGGUCAUAUUUUUGGAGCCAAGGAUCCUCUUCAGUAAUAGCCCUCAAGGUUUAACAACUUGGAGGAAAGCCAUUCUUCACAACGUAGGACAAAACCAUGCUUAUUUCAAGGUUUGUGACCAGAGUCUUUUGCCUACCAUUAAUAUUGUUCCAUCACAAGGAAUAAUUCCUUUUGGGGGGUUAACUGUUCUCAAUAUCUCCUGUACACCUACUGUAGCAGAAAAAUUUGAUACAAGAGCAAAGGUUGCUAUUCGCCGUGCAGAUGUCAUAGACCUUAGGAUUGCUGGAUCUGUUGAGAUUGCUGAUGUGGAAAUUAAUCCGGACAUAUUUAACUUCAGUGGUACCUAUGUUGGUGCUACUCAGAUUAUUCCAUUUAUAAUAAAAAACAAAGGUAUAACACGUGCCAGAGUGGAGUUUAAUCUACAAGACUUUGAAUAUUUUUCUUUGGAUUUUAAAGAUAAAACAGGGGAAUUCACAGACCCUGCGUUUCCUGACAUAUAUUCUUUGGAGUUAGAGAAAGGGACAUCUCUGGAAGGUGGCAUAGCAUUUUCUCCCAAAGAAGUUCUUCCUGAGGGCAUGCCCUCCGUAAAUCACUUGCGUCAGAAUCCUUGGGACAAUCAUCCUAGAAAAUACACAGCUGAUAUUCCCAUUCGUCUAAAUGAUAAUCCAGUUUGCUAUCGAACGUUAUGUUUGGUUGGAGAGGUGAAAUCACCCAUGUUAUUGUUUGACCCUCCAUUCAUAUUUUUUACUCCUGUUCCUCUGGAUGUAACAACUGUGAUGGAUAUCAACAUUUUACCUCAAAACUAUUACAGAGACUCAACGUUAAAUGUCCAGAUUCCCCCGGCAAGACUUUUUGAUGGGGACGAGGUUCAUCCUCUUUCUGUGACGUUUCCAAAAGGCAGAGUCAUCACAGGCUCUCCCAGUGGAAUGAAUGCGGAGCUCACCUGUCACCUCAGCUUCAGAUCAUCUAAACCUGUGUCCUUUCUCACUGAUAUUCUUUUCUGUGAUAACAGAGAUAACUGGUAA